UCGCUGCAAGACGAGUCCUGCGCCUUUCACUUCCGAGUCCCUUUAAACUUCCGCUCCCGGCAUCCUCCGGCCUUUUCUGCUAUCCUGAUCCGCAAUGGGUCGAGUCAGGACAAAGACCGUGAAAAAGGCCGCUCGGGUCAUCAUUGAGAAAUAUUACACUCGCCUGGGCAAUGACUUCCACACCAACAAGAGGGUGUGUGAGGAGAUUGCCAUUAUCCCCAGCAAGAAACUCCGAAACAAAAUUGCAGGAUAUGUUACCCAUUUGAUGAAACGUAUUCAGAGAGGACCAGUGAGGGGCAUCUCUAUCAAAUUGCAAGAAGAGGAAAGAGAAAGGAGGGACAACUAUGUUCCUGAGGUUUCUGCGCUGGACCAAGAAAUCAUUGAAGUUGAUCCUGAUACCAAGGAGAUGUUGAAACUGCUGGACUUUGGCAGUCUGUCCAACUUGCAGGUCACUCAGCCAACUGUUGGAAUGAACUUCAAAACUCCAAGAGGAGUCUAGGAGUCUUCAUUUGUAAUAUACUGUUCUCAAUAAAAAAUCCAUAAAAUGUA